UAAAUUUAAAAAAUUCGAAUUUGACUUUUGAACAAACCGGUUGACGCUAGUGUUCACUAGAGAGCCUUGUAGCAUUAUAAUUCUUCAAAUUUGUUGUUUUUCAUUUCAUUUCCCUCUGGUUUAGGUUAUAAUUUUGAUUUCUCCAACUGCUUUCAGUGGAAGCGAACCGGAUAGGAGAGGCACCGAUCCCAUUGUAAAAGCCGUAAUCGGAGCACAGGAGCGAUGAAUGGAAACGGCAACGGGAACGGCAGGAGGCGGAGAAGAGAAGUGGAAGAAACGGACAAGGGUUUGAUCUGGAAACUUCCGCAGCUGAAGUUGAAGGAAGUGGGUAAGGUUGGUCCUGCUUUCGGGCUCGGCGCUGGUUGCGGCCUCGGCUUUGGUAUCGGCCUCGUUGGAGGUGCUGGCUUUGGUCCUGGAAUUCCUGGCUUGCAAGUGGGCUUUGGUUUUGGUGCUGGAUGUGGGGUUGGUUUAGGAUUUGGCUAUGGUGUCGGUAGGGGCAUCGCUCAUGAUGAGUACCGUACAUAUUCUAAUGUUAAAAGCCUAUUUGGCAACCAGCAUCUUCCUAUGCAGGAUGAAAUCGGUGGCUUAAUCGAUGAGCUCGUGAUUAAUACCAAGAAGGUAGCUGUAGCAGCUUCUAGAGAAAUUGAGAAGUGGAGAAGAUGAAUGAACUUGAAGGAUAUGUCAUUUGUGAAUGUUUAAAAGGCAAAUAUUUCUUAUUUUGCAGUAUAGUGUUUGCAUGAAAAAACCUGUAGGGAUGUAUGUUACUUAUUAUAAGUUUAAAAUAUGUUCAUGUUUAUAUUUA